AUGCCGCGCCCGCGAUUGCUGCCGAGCCAGCGUCUUCGGGCGGCAGAGGCCUGCAACUUUUGUCGGGAGGCGAAGAAGAAAUGCAGCGGCACAGUCCCCUGCGCGCAUUGCCUGCGUCGUGGCAUCGGCAGCGCAUGCACCAUCUCCUUCGAGGGUCGCGCCUUCCGCUCCGGCCGCCAGCGGAAAGCGAACCCGGAGCCGACGCCGACGCCGAACCCGAACCCGAUGGCGGGAUCGGCCUCGGAGCCGCCGCCGUUGCCGAUGCCGACGCCGGCAUCGGCAUCCUCACCGACGCGUGCUCCGCGGUCCACGGCACGCUUGGUGCCCACCCCGGGGCCGUCGCCGUCGGGUCGGACCGCGGCGACGACGACGUCAACGGGUCCCGGGACGUCCGUGGCCGCUUCCGUCGGCCCCAUCCUGAGUCCGCAGACGUUCCGCAGCCAGGAGGCCCGGCCGGACCCGCGGCUGAUGGCGCUUCGGCCGAGCCCUCGGGGUUCCGUGCACAGACAGCCGCAUCGGAGGUCGGAUGCGUCGUCGAUGUCGACAAACGCCCAUUCGCGCAUGCUGCUGAACCUGCGCGGCGAACGGGUCUACAUUGGCGGAGCGGCCUCCCUCUCCUUUCUCCAGCUCGUCCGGAGCGUCGUCGCCGACCAGAUCGGCCCCUCGCAGUUCUCUCACAACGCCCAGAGCGAAACGAUGCUCGAGAAGGAGUCGGCCCUCGGCGACGGCGACAGGAACCGAUCCUCGGUCUCGGCCUCGUCCUUGGUCGACCUCGACGAAGGUUCCAAGAUGGACUACGCCCAGUGCUAUCGCCACGUGACCGAAGGCUUCCUGGACGUCUUCUCGCCCUCGGAGCUCGAGGACGCCCUCGUGAACGUCCGAGAGCCCAUGAGCCGACAGAGAUGCGCGGCCUUGCAUCUGGCCAUGGCAAUCGGUGCCCAGGCCAAGUCGGCGACGGCGGCGCGCGACGUCGGUCAGCCGUGCUUCCGGCAGGCCCAGGCCAUCGCCUUCGAGGGCAUGCUGGAGGACCCGGACAUCGACAUCGUCCGCUCCUUUCUCCUCAUGGCCUUUUACCUCCUCGGCGAGUGUCGACGAAACGCGGCGUUCAUGUACCUCGGCAUCGCCACGCGCGCCGCCGUCGCCCUCGGUCUGCAUAGCCGCGACGCGUACGCCGUCAUGCACGGUGCCGAGGAUAAGCUCAGGCUGCGCGUCUGGAUCAGCCUGCGCAUCGUCGACAUGCUGGCCAACGCGAUCCUCGGUCGUCCCGCCGCGACCGCCGGCCUUCACUCGGACGUCGAGGGCCUCCUCGAGGAGGUGGCACGCGAGGCGCAGCAGGAGGACGACGACGCGAUGCAGCGCCUCGUCGCUUCGCACCAGAUCGUGUCCAUCAUCAACGUCAUCGUCGACUCGCUCUACGAACGAAAAGAGCUGUCGACGGCCAUGGUGGAGCAGCUUCUCAACGAGAUUGAGCUGUGGGUUACGCGCCUUCCGGACUGCCUCCGACGGGCGGCCCGUGGUGCCGACUCCGGCUCCGGCUCCGGCGCGUCCAUGCUCGAGGGUGCCCUCGGCAGCAUUCACGUCUCCUGUCUCUACUACUUUGCCGUCACCCUCGUCACCCGCCCCGUCUUGAUAUCGACCUUGACAGCGCCCCCGUCCCACGGCGUCGGCGUUGGCGCGACCCAGUCGCACCUCGCUUCGGCUUGCCUCGACGCCGCCGUCUUCCUCAUCCAGACGUGCGUCGACGCAUUGCACGCGAACCUGCUAUACGGAAACAUGUGCAUCAUGAAGUAUGAUCACCCGACCCCGAUCCCAUCUUCGCUCUACCCGGCCUUGGUCUUUGCCGCCGGCCUCGUCCUUGGCUUCGAGAUAUUUGCCAAACGAUCCAUCGAUUAUGAUAUCGAGUCGGCCUUUGGCGGCGCCAGAGACGUGCUGCAAUUUCUCGCCGGCCAGAGUCCCCAGGCCGGGCAUUACCACGAGAUCCUGACUCUGCUCGCCAACGCCGUCGCCAAGCAGCGCGAGAGGAUCGCGUCCAAGGGACGGAGUCGCUACGUGUCCAAGCUCUUUACCCUCCACGACACCGUGCCGCCCGACGGCCAGCGGCUGCCGGGUUCGGAGGCAGGCUACGACGGGCCGAUGGCUCCCGGAGACGGCAUCGAGGACGGCGAUGGCAUCGGCUGGCAAGCAUGGCAUCGGCCCGUUGCCACGGGCUCCGGUGAAGAAGAUGUAUUUUUGGGCUGGGACAGCCUGGACAUUUCACAGUGGGAUAGCUUCCCCUUUGUGCAGUAG